AUUACGUUAUCACAUAUAGGUGUAUUAUAGUUAUAGUUUAUAUUACGUUAUCAGCACGAUCGUCUCUCUGCUUCAACCGAUCCAACCGUUUCUAUACAGAUCACUCUUUUGAGAUAAUUAUGUCAAAUCUCGCCAGACUCGAAAUCCUUGCCCUUGAUGUAUCUGGAAAAAAUUAUAUGACAUGGGCAUCGGAUGCACGAAUGCAUCUGAGAUCGGAUGGGCUUUUAAGCACCAUCGAUCCGUCGAAAACGACGUCAGAUGAGGAUAAGGCCAAGGCCAUGGUGUUUUUACGCCACCACCUCCACGAUAAUCUGAAAAACGAGUACAUCACGAAAGAAGAUCCUGUAGAUCUUUGGCAAUCACUCAAAGAUAGGUUUGAUCACCAGAAAUAUGUGAUCUUACCAAAGGCUAGACAUGAGUGGUUAAAUCUCCGGUUCUUGGAUUACAAAAGUGUUGGUGAAUUUAAUUCCGCUAUGUUCGGAAUCACCUCCAGGAUGGCUUUGUGUGGCGAAGAAGUGAGCGAUUAUGAUAUGAUCGAAAAAACGCUCUCAACUUUUCAUCCUGGAAAUGUAAUCCUGCAAGAACAAUACCGGACCAAAGGAUACACUCGAUUUUCUGAGUUAAUGCACGUUCUUCUUGUUGCUGAACAAAAUAAUCAACUCGUGAUGCUGAAUCAUCAAACUCGCCCAACUGGAUCAGCUCCACUUCCAGAAGUGAAUGUUGCUUCAUCCAGUUAUAAUUGGCAAGGACGAGGACGCGGACGCGGUCGAGGCCGUGGCCGUGGUCGUGGGUGUGGAGGAGGUCGUGGCCGAGGUAGAGGAAGAGGUCACUAUUCUAAUGAUGCCAGCCGUGUUAUAAAGAAAAAGGAUGAGAGUAGUUGUUACAGAUGCGGCAUGAAAGGUCAUUGGUACCAAACUUGUCGUAUACCAAAGCAUUUGGCCGAUCUAUAUCAAGCGUCUCAAAAGGAAAAAGAAAGAGACGUUGAGACCAAUCUCAUCUCAAAUGAAGCUGGACCUUCCUACCAUGGUCUCAAUGAUGAAACUCAUCUGGAUAUCGCAGAUUUCCUCGUCAAUCAAGAGAGUGGAUAAUCAUGCGAUUAAAAUCUUUAUGUAAAAUAUGCUUGUAAAACUUUUGGUGUUUAAAGUCUUUUUGUAAUAUAUUUUAAAUCUCCUAAGACUUUGUUAUAUAUUAAUGCAUAUAUUAUGAAUGUUUUAUCUCCAGAAAAUGUCAACUUUUGAGAUUGAGGAUGAAGAAAUGUGUCUAGCAGAUAGUGCUACUACGCACUCAAUAUUUAGAGAUAAAAAAUAUUUCUCCUCUCUUAAAAUGAAUGACUCUGCUAAAGGCGUGAGCACUAUAUCUGGAAAUGCAAAGAUUAUAAUGGGCUUUGGCGAAGCCAAUUUUUCAAUGCCAAGGGGAACAAAAUUUGAAAUAAAAGAUGCAUUAUAUUCCCCUAAGUCUCAACGAAACUUGAUAAGUUUCAGAGAUAUCCGAAGAAAUGGAUAUCAUAUAAAGACUAUGAAUAAGAAUGGCAUUGAAUAUCUUUGCAUCAAAUCCGAGGAAAAACAUAUAUUGGAAGAGUUACCAAUGUUAUCCUCUGGAUUAUAUUGCACAAAAAUAAAUGUAUUCGCAUCGUAUGUUACAGUAAACUCAAAGUUUACUAAUACGUUUAAGAUUUGGCAUGAGAGACUUGGACAUCCUGGUUCAAUCAUGAUGCGAAAAAUUGUGCAAAAUUCUAAUGGCCACCCGUUAAAAAACCAGAAAAUUUAUUGUUCUGGUGAGUUUUCAUGUGAUGCAUGUUCUCAAGGAAAACUCAUAAUUAGGCCAUCGCCAACCAAAGUCGGGAAUGAAUUGCCAAUAUUCUUAGAGAGAAUACAUGGUGAUAUAUGUGGACCUAUUCACCCUUCAUGCGGGCCAUUUCGUUAUUUUAUGGUAAUGAUUGACGCAUCUAGUAGAUGGUCAUAUGUGUGUCUUUUGACAACACGAAAUAC